AUGACUACCGCUGUAAAAAUAUUCUACGUUUGUAUUGUUUUGCCGUUUACUACGGCCGAUGUAAAUAUCCGAAAGUGUAAACUAACCCAUUCCGGGAUCGAAUACAGAGGAAACGUAUUUAUUACUAAGUUCAAGUCGUUGUGUCGACGAUGGGAUUCAAUUGAAGUACUUGUAAAUGCUUUUAAACUAUUGGUUAGAUAUUUGUAUUGCAGAAAGUAAAUUUUUAACACUAAACAACAGCUCUAUCAAUGUUCUCACGGGUAAAACAGUUUUAAUAAUAUAACCCUAUACAUAUAAAUAUACAAGCCAAUUAGUAAAAUUUAAAUUAGUAUCUAGGUAACCUGAUAACACGUGUUUUAAUUUAUGUUAAUUGGAUUUUAUUAUUGAUUUCUUAUAGAAUCUAAAGUCAGACAGUAUUCGCGCCAUAACCACUGUUGUAGGUAGGUAAGAAAUUUGGAAGGUACCCUAACCGAACUAAUAUAGUUUUUAAAUCUACACUACCUACUUAACUCAAAGCAACAAUCAAUCGGGGUGGAAAACGUUAUUAAACGGAAACAAAAUCAACAACGAAAAUAAACUAUGCAACGAUCAAAUUAAAAAUAAUAAUAAUAAUUCUGUUAUUCAAAAAGUGGUUAAAUAAUUAUUUAUCAGGUUUUUUAAUAAUUAAUAGGGACGAGAAAUUAUAGAAAUUGCAUAUUUUUAUCCAUGUCUUUCAUUUAUAACUAGGUGAGCUGAAAAUCUGUUGUAUAAUAUUGAACAUAUCAUUCCAAAAGUGUUUGCCAUAAGAAAUCUAUGAUAAAAUAUACUGGUUUAAAAAACCUAUUAUUAAAAUGAGUAAUGUCAUACCUAAUAUUGAUAGUAAUCACAGAAUAGUAUAGUAAAAGAAAUAUAUAAAAUAUAUUAUAAUGCUACAGUUUUGAAUUAUCCUAACAAGUUCCAAAAAUGAAAUUUAUUGAAAAGAUUUACUUCGUAUAUAUUAAAAUGUUUUUACACUUAAAAAAUUGGUUUCUUUUAGAUAAUAAUAUGUUUUAUCCCUGACUAUUUUUUAUGUGCUAUUAAGUAAUAAAUAAUGAUUUCAUUGCCAAACAAUAUAUUUUUUUAUGUUUUUUUUUCUUCGGUAAAAAGAACAAAACGAUAAUCAUAAUAAAUAUGAAAAGCUGUCCUAGAAUAAAGAGGUUUGGUGCAGCAACUGUUAUAAGUAAUUGAAUGUAUAUCUGUAAACAACGAUAAAUCAUUGCUAACGAAAAAUCGAUUCUGAGUGAAGUUCAGUUGGUAGUGAUUCUUUGGCAACAAUAUAUAUGUCAUAUUAUGGUAAAAUAAUUAAAUAGGCGUUUUUUUUAAUAAUAUUUGUUUAAUGUAUACCGAUUUUCCCAUGUUUUUCCUAGUUUUUUACAUUUGUUGGGAAAACUAUUAAGAAAAUCGAAAGAUUUCCUCCUUAAAGUACCUUCCCAAUCAUAUUUCCUCUCAAAAUAAGUGUUAUUAUUGUAAAUCGGAGUGAAAUCGCUGGUAUAAAAGUUGUUCACAGAAAAAAAAAAAAAAUUAUUUUUAAUUUAAAAAAUAAUCUUUGUAAAAUCUUAAGCUUCUUCGUUCCACUUGGAAUCUAAAAUAAAUGAUAAUAAUAUCAAUGUAGGCGAUAAAUUGUUAAGUCCGCCAUUGCACCAUAGCAAAACCAAUACAUUUCUUGCUGCGCUCAAAAUAUAAAAAAAAAAACCCAUUUGGUACACCGCGAAGUAAAAUGUUACGCAAUUGUUUUAUAGAACGAUACUCGUUGGAAUUUUCCGGACGGAUCUCGACAGGCGGCCAAGAAUUAUUGCCGCAAUCCUAACGAAACUCGCGAAGACCUCUGGUGUUACACUUACAGUCCGCAUGGCAAUCCAGUGGAAUCAUGCGCCGUACCUUUGUGCAAUUCUAAAAGUAUCAAAUUCGAUGACAUUACAUAUUCGGCUACUAUGUUAAUUUCAUUGGUGAAAUACGGCCGCGCGUAAAUACCGUUGGCGUGCAUUUCAGUAGCGUCAUUUGCGGGAUGCCAGGAUACGCAAAUGCAUCCCACGAAUUUCUUUUAACACAUUUAAAAUAUGUGGAUGCAGAUAAUUGCAUAGAAAUUUCAAAACAAUACAAUCGUUUUGCGAUAAAUUUUACAAAAAUGUUUUUUGUGGUUUUAUCAAAAUAAUUUAGUGAUAAUCACAUAAAUAGAUAUGCAAUUGAAGUUAAAUAUCUUUAUAGGUUAUCACCGCUUUCGUUAUUGUACAUUUUUUUUCUUUUAAUCAAAUUAAAUUUAAUCUGCAGUAUCAGAAGACAUAAACCGAGCAUAAAUAAUAGAAUAUGUAUUGGUUACAUAAUAUAAUGGAUAAUAAUUUUUUUAUUUUAUUAAUAUUAAAAAAAAUAAUACUCUAUAAGUAUACACUGUUUAGUGUAGUUUAUGUAUAUUAACAGUAUUAAUGAGUAGGUUAGGUUAGGUUAGGUUAGGUUUCCACCUUUCUUCAUACCCAAUUAAUUUAUGUUUAUUUAAAAUAUCUGCAUUAAGAUAGAUUUUAAUAGGUUUUUGAAUAUAUUAGCUUGUAGGUAUUAUCUAUAGAUUUACUAAUUACUAAUCAAUAUUAAUAUGUUAUAAGUAAAAAUAGAAUUUUUUAUGGAAAUGUAUUUAUUUUGUCCUUUAUGUGGUACGCGAUCAAAACAAGCGGUUUUACUAUUGAAUUUUCAAUAUUCGUUUUUCAUAGCACGUGAAACGCAUCUCGAGCAUUUUCUUGUACACGUACAACAAGAAAUCGCGAUGUUUAUUUGUAUAGGAUAUUUUUCCAAGUUGGAUAAUUCUUUAACUCUGUGUGCAGUGUGCAGACUGACCGGGCCGGGAGUGGAAUACGGCGGUUACGUGAACGUAACGAAGUCCGGUUACCCUUGCCUGAAAUGGACGGAAGUAACGGACGCUUUGUCGUCGGCGGCGGCGUUGGCCGAUUCGAAAUUCCCGGACCACGGUGGACGGAAGGCGGCCAGGAACUGGUGUCGGAAUCCGACGGGCGACCCGGGUGGGCCGUGGUGUUACAUCUCCGUGGAUGGGGCCGUUGUCCCGGAGUACUGCGACAUCGCUGGUUGCGACGAUGAGGACGCGGACGGAUGCGGCCGGAUGUUGGUCACCGACGACGCCGAUGCCGAGUCUUUGUCGGGCGGCCAUUACACCGCAAUACCUGUAGGCGAUGAACGUCGGGCGAGUUUCUACCUGAAAGCUUGGGAUCCGGCGGCGGCGGCGACGGUGGCAUUGCGGAUUUCGCUGACCGCGUACCCGUACGGGCAAUCAGGCGAUGGUUUCGAAGUGAGAGUGCCGGCCGCAGCGUUCGGCCGGUCGCCCGGAACAGCGUACAGCCGCGUCGACGUAUCGUGGCAAAACGAUCUCGUCGUGGUGACCACCGGCCGGCAGUCCAAGGAACUGCUGACUUUCGAGUUGGACGCAACCCCUUCGCCGGUGACGUACGUGAGCUUCGCCGCCCGAGCAGCUCCGGUGGCCGUGCGAUUUCCGUACUGCGAUCAAACGGCAGGUAUUGCAGUCGGCGAAAGCGGGACACUGUAAUUUCGCAAACGUUAACACGAGUUGACCGUUUCAGGUCCAUUUCCCUGGCACCCCCACCAAAAUAAAUUUUUAAACGAAACCAAGUGCCUUUUUUUUGUGCUACAUUUGUGCUGAUUUGUGCCGUUAAUCCCGACAUUUGUGCUUUUAAACUUUCCAAGAUACGGCCGGUUUUCUUAUGGGGUGCUGGAGAAAUAGUAACACUUCUUUCUGGCAUGUACAAUGACUAUCGUAAGUCCGUAUUCUUUUACACAUAAUUUAUUAUGUUUCCAUUAAUAUAGCUUUUAUAGAGCUGACGAAAACAUUAUGGUGUUGUUUGUAUAUCUAUAAAUUCUAAUAAACAAUUAUUCUUAGAUCACUUUUCCACUGUCGGAAAUGGAUUUAUUAAAAAUCUUAGUUUCAAUAUUAGUUUACUGAAUGAUUAUAAUCUACCAUCUGCUUCAUUUUAUGUCUCUGUAAAUUUACAUAGUAAACACAUAUUAUUUUGUGUAAGUAGUAAACAUAUUUUAUUGUUCUAGAAUUUCAUAUUUUUAAUUAAUCUAUAAGGCAGGCAAUUUGGCUCUAAUUGAUUUUUUCAUUUAUAAUAAUAUUACUGAAAAUGUUUUGUGAUUGUGAAUAAUUUCAUAUUCUGAAAUACUUUAUAAAUUGCUAAAUAUUAUAUUAUAUUUUAAUAUACUGUUGUUUUUUAUUUGAAUAUGAAGUCAUAAUUGAAAAAAAAAAUCCAGUGUACUGUUUUAUAUAAUAUAUUUUUAUAUUACAAUUAAUAGUUUAUACUAAACAAUAGUCAGUAAAGCUCAUCAAAAUAAAGUUCUCAAAUUAUUUCCCAAUAUGAGUACGUUAACAUGAAUGAUUAAUCAAUUGUCAUUCGAUGAUUAAAUAAUAGAAACAAAUUUGUUCAUAUUUUAUUUAAAAAAAAAUACUUAAUUAUCGCAUUUUCUCAAAAUGUUCAACUAAUAAAAACAGCAAAUCUUUUUUUAAUACAAAUAUUCAUAGAUAGCUCUAAUAUGGACUUACAGACAAACAUAAUAAAUUAUGCGUAAAAGAAUACGGGCUUACGAUAGUUAUUGUACGUGUUGGAAAGAAGUGUAACUAUUUCCCCGGCACCCCCUAUGAAACUCGGCCGUAUUUCGGAAAGUUUAAAAACACAAAUGUCGGGAUUAAUGGCACAAAUGAAGCACAAAAAAAAGGCCCUUGAUUUAGUUUUAAAAUUCAUUGGUUGGGUGCUAGGAGAAUGGAUCUGACCGUUUUCCGUUGUAUAGAUUGCGAACAGCACGUCACCGAUAGCGAACAAGUCUACAGAAUAUUCCCGUUGAGGAAAACCGUCGCUUCCAGUUCCGAGUUGUCGUUUUCCGUUCGUACAGUCGUUUCGGCGUCUGUCACUUAUUACGUCGCGCCGAACAAGCCGUCGUCGCCACGUUUAAUCGUAAGUCGCCGUCGUUUAUUAUAUUUUCGUCUCGAUAAUAAAACACGACAAAUUAAAAACGAUCUGAAGGGCCCGUCACAUUUAAAAUAAAUACGAUCACUCAAAAUAAAACAUUAUGGAAUAUUAACUCAUAUCGUACAGCUCGAUAGCUGUCGGCCCACCGAGAACAAUUCGGUAGUAGAAAAACUAUUCGGUAGACUGAUAAACCUUUCGGUCGUGUACUAACGACAUUAAUCGAUAGUUUGUAUUCGAUAAUUCAAAAUAUUUGACAGACGACAGUAUCAACUUUUCGGUAGUGCCUGUCACCACAAAUAAAUGAUUUCUAUGCGAUGUUUUUAUAUUAUACUGUUUACUUUAAUGUAUAGUAAAUACAGUGGCGUACCGAUAGGGUGACGUGACGAGCAAUGAGCCAAGGGCCCGUGAUAUUUGGACCCCAAAUCAGGGCCCAAAGCAUUAUUUUUCGGUGAAUGUACCAGAGUUGAAUAAAAAACAGGCGAUGACUAUUGUUUUGUUUAUUAAGAAACACCAGUGGACGGACUGUAAAAGUAUGAAAACAGAUAGUGACAACAAAUAAUAAAAAGUGACAAAGUAUCAUAAACUUUAGUAUUGAUUUCCAAUAAUGCAGUGGUUGGAGAUUUUACUGACUACUUCUGUUCGAUAAAUGGUUUCUGACAUUCACGUCAUUAUCUUAAGUAGUAACGGUAUAGUUGACAUUGUUCGUUCGGGUAACCCUGAAAAGGUAAUUUUUGAAGUUUUCUGUAAAAGUUCAAACAAUUUGAAACCGUUACAACCAUUUAAACCUUGUCUAGUACCUAGUGUCGGCGUUUACGCGAUUUCCGUUUCGCUUCAGCAUCAACGAAGCCAAUCUGGUGUCGAACCACCGAAAUAUAAUAUCAAUAUUGUUAUUAAUUUUUUGUUUACAGAUAACAUUUAUGGCUCGGCCUGUACAACAGAUAAAAAUUAUUUACAAAGAACAUUCGGCCGGCGAGGAACAAUUGAUAUUCAAUAGGUCUUACGCGGACACGGCCAUUAUGUCUUAUUGGAAAUGGCAUCAGUAUACGAUCAAGUAUUUUAUGUAUAAUAUCUAAAUUAAAUUAAAUUUCUUCUUGUUGUAGCUUUCGGCCUUUAAGACCAGCCCCCCCCAAACAAAUUUGGGGCGCACAUAGUUUGUACACGUUUACUAAAAUCACAACCUUUAUUUGCGCACAUUUUUACAAAUCGUUUGCGCACAGAUUAUUUCCACUGCAACCACUCUUUUGCGCACACAUUUUCCUUUCCACUUAUACAGACUUAGCACUGUCAGUGAAUAUUUAAACUUCUCUUAUAUGGUUAAAAAUGGUGCUUUUAGUGCCUAUGUGCUUACAAAUAUGUAUUAACCAAUAAUAUUACGGUAAAAAAAGCGGAAAGCGGUCAUUUGAAUUUGUCAUUAAUUUUAAUUACUUCAAAGGUUUACCUUGGAAGCGGUUCAUGAAUUGUUCAUAGUUAAAUAGGUACAUAUGUAUAUAUGUACCUAUUCAAUUAUAUGUGUUAUUUCUUUUCGACAAAAGUUGUUAACAUUACUUUUUAUUGAUUUAAAUUUAAAUUUAGUUUUAAUCAUAAAUGAUUUAUUAUCGGCAAUACCAUUGUCUGCAUGUGUGUAGGUAUAUAAUAAUAAUAUGUACCUACGUAUAAACAAUAAACAUAUAGCAUAUUAUUUUGUUAACGAAUUGUACAUUUUAUAAUAUUUUGUGCGCAAACUAGUUAUAACUCAAAGUUUUCGCCAACUUUCCCUAUCCUUUGCAACUUCUCUUAUCUUCUUAUCUUGAAAUUUGUUAAUAGGUAAAUUCGUUCAAACAUUAAAACUAACUGCACAAUGUUGUCGCUGUUUAAGACAAAUUCGCUAUGUAUGUACGACGAAAACUGCAGUAAAUGCAGGGGGCAGUAGUAUCCUACUAUUAGUUUUUCAAACAUAUUGACCAAUAUGCUGAAGUAAAAUGAGCAUACAUCCAGUAGGUCAAUUCCUGUAUUGAAAAAUAGUUUGACUUUGUAUAAUCUUUUCUAUGAUUUGUAGGAAUUGUUUGAAUGUUUAAUUUAAUAUAGUAUCUACAUUAUGAAUAUACGAAAUAUGUAAAAUAUUUAAAAAUAUGUAUUUAAACAUGUGAAAAUACGUAAAUUUAAAUGGUCUUAUUUUAUUCAGGGUGUAAUGAAACGUGCUUAUUUUUAAUCAUAAAUAAGAAAUCUGCAUUUAUACAUAAAAAUCUACGUCAUAUUUAUUAGAUGUAGACAUACAGUGUUACGAAUUCAGAACGGAAAUAAAAAAGACGGACAUACUUCACACGAUGAGUGGGUCAUUGUUGUAGGUGAAAAGUUGAGAAGGUGGGAUAUCGAUGAGAAUUAAAUUUAUAUCUGUACGCAACAAUAAACCAUUGCUAACGAAAAACGAUUCGGAGAAAAGUUUCUUUUAUGAAUAUUUUUUCGCUUUUCAUAAUUAUUAUGAAAACUGCUUGGAAAAUCAAAAAAAUGAUCUCCAUAAAGUACUACCCAGAUCAAAUUUGUUUUCAGAAAAGGUACUACACUUUAACACUUGAAACGGAGCAAGAUUUCUGGUAAAAAAGUUGUUCAUAGAUAAAAAAAAAAAUAUUAAACAUCGUAAAAUCAAUACAUUCCUUACUACGCUCCGAAUCUAAAAUUCGAGUUGUUACGUUAAAUUUGUUUGAUAACUAAAUUACAAGCGUAUCAGUUAUAGUUAAUUCCUAGCUGCCCGUAAUUAAAAACUAGGUAUAGGUAUGCAAAUAUAAUAGAAUAAAGUACAAGUACCUACUAAUUAUUAAAACAAAAAUGUUCAAAAACAUUCUGUAUGUUUUGUGUGUAACAGUUUUAAUGAAAUAAUCAAAACAGUAUUAUAAUAAUUUUAAUUUGUAUGAAUGAAUGGAUGUUUAAAUAACUCGAAAGCAUAUCACAUUUUCGCCAACGACCAUACCACGUUGAAUACACCAGUUCUCGUCCGAUCACUGAAGUUAAGCAACGUCGGGCGUAGUUAGUACUUGGAUGGGUGACCGCUUGGGAACACUACGUGCCGUUGGCAUUUUUUUUUAAAUCAAUUUUUAUUUAUUAUUAUUAUAUUAUUUUUGAAAAAAUUUGAUCUUAAAACACAUUACACUCAAUUUGUUUUCCUACGUCAAUUACGACUAAAUUUAUAAUUUAAUCAACUUUAAUUAACAUAUACAAAUUCCAUAAAUUGAUGGAGUAUCAAUUAAUUUUGAGUUGAAUUGUUAAUUUCCGUCGAUCCGUUGAUAUUCGACUUUUAAAUUUAGGUUGGAAGAGAGUAUUAUUUGGGUACGGUGCGCGGCGUGUUAAUAAUGCGACACCACUUUCCUCCAAGCCAAACUUAAAAGUGGAAUAUCUCGUCAAUGGCUUUGACAUAAAUCAAACAUUUCAAUACUCAAAUUUAUUUCAACUAAUACUUCAUCUAUUUAUGGAAUUUUUAAUAUAGGUUACCAUUAAAAAAUCAAAAGUGUGUAGUGGUUUUACCCCUAAAAAUAAGUGUGACAAAAAAUAACAUAAAUAUACAAUCGUAGAGCAACUUAAUUGUUUCUUAAAUGUUCUAGAAUACAAAUUCCGGAAAAGUUCAAUACUUUCCGAGAUAAUGAGUGUACCUACAUAAAUGGAUCACCUGGUAUAUUAUGUCAUAUUAUAAUAAAAUAAUUAAAUAGGCAUUAUAUAUUUUCUUUAAUAAUAUUUGUUUAAUGUUGUACCGAUUUUUCCGUGUUUCUUACGUUUUUCCCAUUUUUUUUCGUGUUUUUUCUCGGGAUUUCACAUUCACUGAGAAAAGUCUUGAGAAAAUCGAAUAAUGAUCUCUAUAAAGUACCUUCCCAGUUAGAUUUUCAUUCAGAAAAAAUACUAAAAUUGUAAAUUGGAACCAAAUUACUUGUAGAAAAGUUGUUCAUAGGGGAAAAAUGGUCGAAAUAUUUUUUAACUACGUUACCUACAUUUUGUACAUUUUCCCGGUUUUUCUUAAUUUUGUCCCAUUUGUUGAUGACAUUUUUAGGAAAAUCAAAAAUAAAUACCUACAUAAAAUAUCUCCCUAUACCUAUUUCUUUCAUAAAAGUUGCUACACAUAAAAACCUGAGCAAGAUUUUUGGUAGAAAAGUUGCACACAGAUAGUAAAAAAAAAAAAAAAAUCUUUGUAAAACCAUAAGCUUCUCUCAGAAUCUAAAAGAAAAACACGAUUAAGACAUUACGUAGGUAGAUAUUUAAAAUCCUGGCGAUACUCGUAUAAAAGUUUAUCAUGUCGAUUUUUUAAUGUUUUAUCCGAUUAGUUUAAUAUAAAUUAUACGCUGGUAAAUCUGCGGAUUAUUUUGUUUUCGUUGUUUUAAAAAGUCUAGACAGUGCUCGUGGCCCGCAUAAACAUAUUAUGCGUAUUGAAACGACUCCACUGAAUUUGACGCAUGUAUACAAUAGUAUUAUAAUAUCGGUUAACGGGUUUUCAGGAUAACGGAUAAAACGUUACACGUACGAAUUGUGACCGAUCAACAACGGCCGGACGACUCCGCCGCGGUCGCGUUAAACAUAACCCAUUUCAAGUUGAGGUUUUUCCACUGGUUCGGUAUCGGAUCGAAGUCCGUUGCCCAUUGGACGUUGUAUUGUAGCGGGCGCCAAUGUACUUGCGUAUAUUCAGAGCGUAACACGAACGUCCUGCAUAUGAAAUGACUUUUGGUCUAUUCCAAUGUUUGGAGGUCUUUUAUUCUUAAAACUAAAACUUAACAUUUUUUUUUUUUUUUUUUACACAAAAUCCGACGUAUUUACAAACGAUGGCUAUGAAAAAACGAUAUAAACUACCGAUAACUCCAAAAAUGUUUAGACGAUUAACGAUUUAUUAUUUUAUAACCUAACCUUCGAAGACCAAAGUUUUAUUUCAAAUAUACUUGUAAAAUAGCUAUCUUGGAUUUUUCAGAAACGCUUUUUAUUUUGAGUUUUAAAAAAAAUUUAAAAAAUAUAAAAUAGAGGAAUUGUGUUGUAGCCUAAGGCUACAGUGAUUAUCAAAAGAAAAAAAAAUAUUUAAAAAUAUUGAACUAAACAAAAGUUAUUUCUAAUGUCAGAUCUUCGUGUUGCUUGUACAAUGUAUAUGUUACGACUAGUAUUGAAAAUUGGAUAAUGCCAAAUUUUUGUUCAGUAGAACUAAUUUUGUGUCAUUAGUUUUAAUACUAUGUAGUGAAAUGGUCUAUUAUCAAACAUAAAAGUAAGGACAUUACACAAAUAUUUUUAAAUUGUAGUAUUUAUUUAUUUAUUAUUUUUUACCGUGGUACAAACACAGUCAAUGUUCUUAUCUUUAAGUUUGAUAGUACGCCAAUUCGUUCUGAUAGUACAACAUAACAUAAUAUAUUAUAUUAUUAUACAUAUACAGUAUACACAUAUGUCAUAUGAUAUAACAACAUAAAAUUGGUUCUACUGAAUUUGACAUUAUCCAAUUUCACAUGUGACAUAGCAUAAUUUAUUUAUUUAUUUUAUUAAAAAUACGAGCAGAUGCCCAAAGUUAUACAAAUACAAUGAAAGAAACUUUUGGUACAAUAUACAAUAAUUAAAAUAAACCAGGUAAUACAUCGUUAGCAAAAGUUGGUUGAAAAGUACAGGUAGUACGUAGAUAACAGGUAAAAUAAGUAUAAUGAAUUGAUAACAUAGUAAUAAUUUUUUUAGCUGGACUUAUUUUUUUCAAAAUGAUGGGUCCUCAUUGGCAAUCUACAUAAUUCUAACAAGAGGUUGGGUUCAUGCCAUAAUUGGUGGUGCAUAUAGGAAUAAGAAAAGAAGAGUUAACCCUAGAGAAAAAUAAUGGGAUUUUAAAGUUGAGGCAAUUUAAGAGGGAAGGGGAGUCAAUAUCACCAUUUAGUUUACGAAGACAUUUUAUAUACGCUUCAGCCCUUCUGUCAGCUAGAGAGGACUGGCCAAGAGACUAGAGUACUGGAGUGUAGUGUGGAAUGUGAACAAUCUUUAGUACGAGAGUAGCAAAAUUGAGGAACUUUCACUGCACACACUUUAUUUGCUUAGAUAAACUUAAAUUAUAAGGAUACCAAAUUAUCGCGUCAUACUGUAGUGUAGAUCGUACAAGGGCAUAGGAGAGAGCCUUAAUUUGAAUUCCAAACAGGUUCUCUUCACAAAGCCAAGCAUUUUUAAAGCUUUACCGAAGUAUAUAACGUGUAUACACUCUUAUGUGUUGUGCGCAAUAAAUCAUUGCAAAUGAAACACAAUUCUGAGCGGAAUUAGUAUCAUUAGUCGUGUUUUUUAUUAUGCGUAUUACAUUCAGAAUCUAAAACUAUAAAUAAAAAUCACCGACCGACCGAACUAAUAAUUUUCCACAUUUUAGAUUACCCGGUACCCGAGUCGGUGUUACCCGAGUGCGCGGUAUCGGAAUCGGAAAAAAACUAUCGCGGGACUCAGUGGACCACCUACGACGGCUUACCUUGUGUCGCUUGGAACGUUUCGUUGGUCCGGAAAGUCGGUUUCGUAUUACAUUUCUUGUAUAAAUCGUUAUUGGUUUAAUUAAUAAAAUCGGAAUUUUCCCUUGUGUGUCCGGUCAAGUUGGUGAAGGAGACCGCGUUAGUCGACGGUGGAUACGUAAAAGCCAAAAACUAUUGUCGGAACCCAACCAAAGACCCGGAAGGACCGUAUUGUUUCGUGCGGGUCGACGCCAGCGAAAACCCUACGGCGGUUCAAAAGCGGUCUUGUCACAUCCGCAAAUGUCGAAAUACGAGUAAGCCGUGGAUUUGUAUUUAUAUUUUAUAAUUUUUACUCAAGUUGAUAUGAGGUGGGAUGGUAAUUCGCGAGUUUAAAACUGUAAUUAAAGUGGCAGAUUUGAAGGGGCAAAGUGGCGAUCGCUCUCCCUUUGGUUUUUUUUUAAAAAUUGUUAUAUACUUGUAUUUAUUAGUAGUAGUACUUAACCAAGUCUGUAACUGGUAGAAGAGAGGUACAUUGGAUCGAACGAUCGAACGUAAACAAAUAUGAGUGUAUAGUAGAUAUCUACGGCUACAUUUAAUACAUUUUAACCCUCUUUCAUCUGAAAGUUUUUUACCUGUAUCUAUACGAUACUAGUUCGUUCUCCCUGUUAAAUUAGUUUCAGAUCUGCCCAGUAGCGGAUUUUCAAUAUUUUUCUGGGUGGGAUCUUGAAAAAAUCAUGUGUAUUUAAAAGGUAUUAUUAGUUGCUUAGUGCCCCUUUUUUGGACGAUAUUUUAUAGAAAUAAUAUCGGUGUCUGGGAGGUCCAGAUCUCUUAUAAAUCCACCACUGGAUCUGCCACUUGAAUGGUUUUUUUUUUGUUUUACAAAAUUGUACAAAUUUUGUCCCUAUCUAUGAAUAGAAAAUAAGGUUUUUUUAAUUUAGAUUAAUAUUUACUUGUGUAUUUUAUACAAUGACGAAAAGGAAAAAAUAUUUUUCGAUGUGCGAUAUUUAAGACACUGAAAAGAAUGAAAAAAUAUUUUUACUAUUUCUAAUAUUAUAUACCUAAUGUUAAAAAAAAAAAACUUUCAUAUGACGAUAGUAAUUUUAACCGUGGUUACUGUUACAGGAUGCAGAGUUACCGGAAUCGGGACUGAUUACUUAGGCACACUCAAUAAGACUGUGUCCAAUCGUUCGUGUUUAAAAUGGGUAUCUAAAUCUUCUUCUUCUUCUCCUUUGUCUACAUCCCAACUGUUUCUUCUUGACUCGAUCCCCCGCAUCGUCCUCACAUACACCCAUCGGCUUUAUAUCAUUCUCAAUCACAUUCAACCACCUUUUUUCGGUCUUACUGCUUCUGAUUCCCCUCUCCUUAUGUCCAAAUAUUGCUAUUUGAACUCAUUUGUAUACUAUCGAAGCUACGACUAAUAUACCUCUCAUUCCUUAUCCUAUCCUCUCUCGUCACUCUACUUAUCCUCUAAGAUUUCUUAUUUUUGCUACACUCAUCUUCUCACCACACUCUAAUGGGUGUCUACUAUUUACAUAAUAAUUAUAAUAUAAAAGUUUCGGAUAAGUGAAGUCAGCUACUCUUAUUAUCCCUGUCUUUCAAAUUCAUCAUCGUCAUAACUUCAUCGACUUCACAUCCCCUCGUAGCUCAUAAUAUCUCCCCUAAUAACCUUUAGUCACUUUUUCUUGGGCUGUUCAACGACUUUCAAUUACCCUCGCUUAUCUUCUUGAGUUGUUAACUUUAUGAUUGUUCUCUCCUUCUCUCGGCAUGUUUGUACCGUGUAUACGUAUCCGAUACUUCUGGUACUUCAUAUUCUUAACAUGCUCGUUUCGAUAAAUUACAUUUGUGUUUUCAUCUCUUGUAUGCAAUGCAAAAUGUCAGUUUAUAAAAAAAAUGCUUUUCAAAUUUUAACUAUUUAAUAACAGAUAUACCAUAAAUACAUACGUUCAAAAAAAGUAUUUAAGAACCAACAUAAAUACUCGAAAUGUAUUAAAAUACUUCACAAAUACUUGUUUAAUUUGACUUAAUAGUUAAUUCAAGUAGGUUUGUGAAAUUAAUUUUGAAAUUUUCAACAUAAAAUUCAAUAUUAAACUAUUUAAGUACCUAUUAUUAGAACUUUGUACCGCUUACUUCAUUUUAUACUAAAAAAUGAAAAUAAACCAUAUGAACUGUAUAUUAAUUAUAAAAUAAUUUAAUAUUUUGAAUGAAUAAAUAAAUGUUAUGAAAUAGAAAUUAUAAAUUUAUCAUGCCACAAUCAUUACAAAAUUUUAUAUUGCACUAAAGCAACGUAGUGUUUUUAAAGUGUUAACACAUUUCUGUCUCAUUCAUUAUUACACUAUCAAUUUACGUUUGCCUGACUUCGUUUACCUCGGUUUAUAACGAAGACGCCAUCACAAGAUCUAAAUCACAGAGUAUAAAUUAUAAUGUAUUAUUAUAUUACUUUAAAUAUUAAUUAACAACACGGAAUUUUAGAUUCUGAGUGGAGGGAAGAACCUUAUGGUUUUACAAAGAUAUUUUUUUUUCUGUGGGCUACUUUUCUACCAAAGAUUUUGCUCUGAUUUUUAAGUGUAGCACUUUUUAUAAAAGGAAAUCGGUUUGGAGAGGUACUUUGAGACGUCAUUUUUCAAUUUUCUCAAGUUUUCCCAGCAAAUGUGAAAAACCAGGGAAAAACAUGGGAAAAACGUAGGAAAAACGAUAAAAUCGGUAUACAUUAAUCAAAUAUUACUAAAGAAAAUAUAUAACACCUAUUUAAUUAUUUUACCAUAAUAUGACAUAUAUAUUGUUGACAAAACAUCACUUAAACUGAACUCCGCUCAGAAUAGGUUUUUCGUUAGUAAUGGUUUAUCAUUGCUUAUAGGUAUACAUAAAUUACUUAUAACAGUGGCUGCACCCGACCACAUUAUCCCUGGACGUCUUUCAUUUAAUAAUUGAAUUAAUAAAAGUAUUUACACAAAAAUAUUCGAAAUUCAAAUAUAAAAAUAUACGUCCAAUACAGUAUUUCAAAUAUUUAAUUCAAAAAGUUUUCUAAGUAUUAGAAAAGUACCUACAUAUAUUUGCUUAAAUACUUUAAAAGUCUGCAAAAUGUAUACGUAUUUACACGGGAUCAUUGGUUUGAAUUUCCGGAAAAAAAAAUCAAGAGCGAUCGUGCGAUCAAGGGUAACAAGGAAAAUUAUGUUUUCCCGGACGGGCCACCGUCGUUGGCUUCGAAUUACUGUCGGAACCCGACAAACGACCCGACGGGCGUUUGGUGUUACGUCGGUGACGGUGCCGAAACGGACCUGUGUGACGUGUCCGACUGUUCGGGCGGCGAUUCCGAUACGUUACUGACGGGCGGUGACGGUGUCCACUGGCUGUACGUGUUGCCCGAGUGGAGGAACGCGCCCGGCUUGAGGGUGGUGCUCAAGCGGUGGGCGCCAAACGCAUACGUAGGCGUCUCGUUGCGUUUUCGGCGGGCCCGCAUUUGUUCGCUACCGUACGAUAUGCUCCAGGUGGGCGCCGAUCGCGGUGAAAAAAUCAAGUUGUACCGGGUGCGUGACGGGUCCGCCGAUGAAUCGGCGGCGCCGGCGGACGACGAGCUAGUAUACCCGCACGUUGUUAUGGCCGGCCGGUGGACGGAGUUGCUGUUUGAGUUCGUGGACGAUCGAGACGUAGCGAUGAGCUCGUCCGUCGACGGGCAAAUAUUCCGUUGGACGUCAACGGCGGCCGCGAACAGCAGUUGCGACGGUCGUAUAGCGUUCAUAGGCCUGUCCACGGUGAGAGGCGGCAACGACGAUGGCUAUGUGGGCGCGCGUUUCCCGGCCGAAGGUAUUUGUUCAUAAGAUAUCGUUUUAAGGAAACUAACAAAAAACAUUAAAUUUUGACUGUUAAAUUUAUAUUUUACUCGCUAAUGUGUUGUCGCCGACGCAGAGUGUCUCGUUCAUAGUUCCGAAUCCGAACGAUUUUCCGUUUACAUGCCGGUAAACGUCAGGACGAACACUAGUCUCGCGAGUGCCAAAAACGAAAUCGUUUUUCGCAUGCUUCGUUCAGGUGCGCACACAUUUUAUUAUUUAAGUAGUAUUUUCUAGAAGCCAGGGUGACAGAGAAAGAGAGAGAGAGAGAGAGAGAGACAUUUUGCGCGCCGAGGACAGCCAAUUAAAACAGUCCUCAUGUUUUCCCACUUGUUUAUGUCCUCGAAAUGAAACUACACACACCGGAACGCAUUUCCAUGCUCAAUGUUCUAGAAUAUAUUGUACUUUAAGACUAUUCGAAAAUAAUUAGAACCGUUUUCGGUAACGUGUUUUAAAAUUAGAUUAUUAUCAAUUAUUGUUUUUAGUAAAAUCGUCGAGCAAUCAUAAAUAAUAUUAUGGUUUGGUGUUCCUGAACAUAUUUUACAUAAAUCAGCAGAUCUUUCACAAAGUCGUAUUUACAAUUUUAAUGUGCUUUUAAAAAAUCAUGAAAAACUAACAGCAAAAUAUCGACAAUUUCGAUAUAUUUAAUUGUAAAUUUCGAUACCUACUUAUUUAUAUUAUUUGGACGCAUCCCUACAAUUCAAACUAAUUUUUCGAUUUUCGCGUUUAGCAUACCUAGUGUAUGUUUUAUUUUUGCGUAACAAAUCGGAGAUGCAUUUGAAUCGUGUCCGGGUAUUUUAAAGGUGGCGUCAUUCGCAUAGCAUUAAUAGGACGAACGUUGAGCGAACGUUACGUGUUAGAGAUCGAUGGCAAACGAGCGGAAUUGUCACGCGGUGGCAAGCGGGCAAAACCGAUCGGGGGAUACGAGUCGAAAUCUGGUGAAAUCGUUACGGUCGGCGUUUGGACCAGAAUCUACUUGAGGUGAUAACCGAUAUUAUGUUGAUAAAUCUAGUUACAAGUAUAAACGCAUAUUUAAGUAACUACACACGCACAUUGUACACAUGAAUCUAAUUAUUUUUCGAUUAAAAUUUAGAUAAUAUUUUUCAUUAUUGAAAUAAUGAAAUAUAAACUAUUUCGUAUACAGAGUGACUAAGAUAACCAUAGGCGCAUCUAAAGCUCUAUUUCUAUUUCUAAUAUCUGUUUAUGGAAUCUUUAGUAUACGUAAGUUGCCGUUUGAAAAUCAAAGUAGGUAGAGGUUUUACCCACUGACACACGGGUGACAAAAAUAAUGAUAAAAUAUAACAUUUAGAGCCGUUUGUUUUUAAAAUGUUCUGAAAAACAAAUUCCUAAAAACAAUUAAUAAUUACUGAAAUAAUGAGCGUUUUACGUUGUGUAGAUCACUCUGUAUAUAAACAUGGAAUAAAAGCAACAAGCAAGGCCACCAAUAGAAUUUUUAAAGAUUAAGAAGACGUUAUACUUGCAUCUACUGCCUUAUUGGUUUUACACCGUAAAUUAUCCAUUGUCCUACCGAUUUUGGCCUUUUUUCAAUAAAAACAAAAUUUUCAUUUUAAUUAAUUAUAUAAGCAGUGGCGGCGUGAACGGGGUUAAAUUGACGCAACUGCAUCACGAAAAGAAAGGAGGGGGGUGGGUGUUAAAUGUUGACGUUUAUGGUCGAGUAGAUAUAAUAUACUUAAGAUGCAAAUGUGUAGUACAUGAUGGAAGAUAUUUAAUUAUUAAGAUUAAAAUUCAAAAACCAAGAAAGUUUACAUGCCGAUCUCUGAUUUGGUAAGCGUCUUUUUUAUAUAUAAAGGAGGGUGGGUGGGCGUUGAACAAUUUUACUGAGUCAUUGAAAUAAUUAGUUCACGCCGCCACUGCAUAUAGGUUGCCUAUCGAUUUAUGAACGUAUACUUUUCAUUUUUGCGAAAUAAUAACCGAAAUCGAAAAAUUGGAGUUUUUUUUUUUAUUGUAUCUACUUGUUAAACCUAAAAAAUGCUUUCGUCCAAUUGAUAUUUCACGUAGUUGGAACGAAAGUGUCCUGAAGCUGAACCGGGGCCGGGACGACGAGAGCGAUUGGCAGUGGCCAAUCGACCGGUCGUUAUUGGUCAGAUAUUUCUCGGUGGCCAACCGGGGCAGCACGACCACGUGGACAGUAAACUGCGACGAGCGGUGGCGCACACCUCCGGACGUGACCGGUCCACCGAAAGAUGGCAGAUGGGGCGAGUGGUCCGAGUGGACGGAGUGUACGAAAACGUGCGGCGGCGGUACGGGCGUGAGAGUUCGGCGUUGUGACAGCCCCAGGCCCAACAUGUCGGGUCGGCCGUGCGCGGGCCCGGCCGCGGCGGUCGGCAAGUGCAACGAACACGAGUGCGGACAGGUGUCUGUCAAAACGGUGGCUGCAGUGCGCCGUUUGCUGGCCGAUAAGCCGUACAACGUGGUGGCCAAAGCGGGUGACACACUAAUUAUGUCGUGCGACCCGUUCACCGUGGAUGCCGUGAAAGUCGACUCUCCGAUCGCUAAAUUCGGUUGGCUCCACAACGGCAAACAGAUAUUGACGGUGACCAAAGAUGAUAAUUGCACUUUGGGUGAAUAUCGUAAUAUUUUAAUAGACUUGAAUUUAUUUAUAAUUAGACUAUCUAUAAAGAGUUACUAUAUAAACGGAGAACAAACAAAGUCAUUUGAAUCAAAAAUUCAAUCUCAAGUGGAUCUCAUAAUUCGUGUUGAAUUCAAAUCAAUUUUUGUACUUUACGUCAGUCAGAUUGAAAAAUGAUAGAUAUGUCCACAAAAUUAGUCGGUACCCAAUUGCUUUAAAUCUAUUAUUUUUGAAUUUGUUGGUGAAAUAUUAGAAAGCCAUCAAUACAUAGGUAAUGUAAAAAAAAAAAAUCUCCAUGUUGCAAGACCAGUAUUGACUGUUAUGAUCUGGUAUUCUCAACUUCUCUUCGAUUUGCGUAUUCAGGAAUGCACUAUCUUUUCUAAGUUUCUAAAUUCAUAAAUGUAUACUUAUCAAAAUGUUAUAAAACUGUCAGACAUAGGUACCUAGGUAUUAUUGGUUAAUAUUAUUAUUUUUAAGUUAUUAUAAUAUUAAUAAAAAAAAACAUUUAUUUUAAAAUAUUAUAGAUUAUAUUUUAUAUUAUACUGUGUAUUGCAGUAAUAAAUUCGUGCACAACUAAAGAUUCAGGAGUUUAUGCAUUUGUGGCUUUGCCACCGGAAGCUCAACGGUUUAUAUUGAAACUGGUUGCAGUGUCCAUUAAUAAUAAACCGUUAACGGUAUAUAUCAAAGACAAAGUUCAAGUUUGGUGUAAUGCAGUUACAUUGGGUUAUGUAUUCAACGGGCUGUCACAAGAAUGGAUUGUAAACGAUACCUAUGUUAUAAAAAAUUAUGGAUUCAAUUCUCUUGCAUCGGUAUAAAAAUAAUAAAAUACAUAUUUCAAAACUAAAUUAUCUAUUCAAUUUUAAUUGUAUAGAUUGAUGCAGACACAAUAACAAUAGAAAAUAUACAUUUUCAAGGUGUUUGGAAAUGUGUUGUCAAGAGCACUGAAAUUAAUAGUACUUGGGUUACAAGUUCAAUGGAGAUAAAAGGUUCUUUAAAUUAA